AAUGUUCUGCGGGGUUUUAUGGGAAGAACUGCGGUCAGAGAUGCAGCGAGAAUUGCUUUAUUACAAAUAGAUGUGACCGGUUUACAGGGGAGUGUAUGGGGAAAUGUAAACCAGGCUGGAAGGCAACCAGAUGUUCACAGAAAUGUGAGGGAGGUACGUACGGUGUUGACUGCCGUCAGAUCUGUGGUCACUGUCUCAAUGGAUCAGUUUGUUACCACGUGAACGGAACAUGUGGAGAGGGAUGUUCUCAUGGAUUUCGUGGGGCGACAUGUAUGACAGGAUACUUUGGUACAAACUGCAAGGGAAACUGUAAGGCUUAUUGUGGCGGAAACAAAACCUGUGACGUCAUCACCGGUGUUUGUGAUGAGAGCUGUAUAGAGGGGCUACGAGGACCUCUUUGUAAUGAAGAAACUAUUCUUAGCAGAAAUGCGUCUGACAAUUGUGAUCUAAGCACCACUAGUAUCAUUAUAAGCAUAGUAAUCUCUUUAUUCGUUGUUCUGACUGGAAGUAUUCUUAACUUUAUCAUAUUGAAGAGGAAAAACGCUUAA